UAAAGUAAGACGUUUAUAGUUAUUAUUAUAUAAAAUAUUAAAAACAAAGACUGUUUUACAUAGUUUACAUCAUAGAAUACAAAAUGAAUCCGAUAUUUCUCGAUUGGGCAUGUACAUUGCUAUUAGGAAUUAUAACGUUUACUCUAACUUAUGUUUAUUUAGACUCACGAAAGACCAGAGCUCUUUUACCUCCAGGACCACGAGCUCUGCCGUUACUAGGAAACAUUAUUCAGCUAUUUGGCAAGGACUUACAUAUUGCCUUGACCGAUUUGAGUAAAACGUAUGGAGAUUUAGUAUGGUUAAAACUUGGAGGAGAGAGUGUUAUUGUUAUAAACACAAUGAAUGCAGUUGUAAAGAGUUUUGUCAGACAAGGAAGAGUGUUCUCAGGCCGCCCAAGGACAAGAAAAACUGUUGAAGUAAUGUUGGGUGAAGGACAUGAUAUUUGUAUGAACGAUGUUGGUCCAGAACUUAAAUUUCAUAGAAAAAUCGUCCACCACUUUCUUGCUUCUCAGACGAAACAAGGAAAAGACAAACUAACAAACAUUUUACAUCAGGAAGCUGGUAGUUUCCAUCAGACUCUUGAAGAAUUAUGUAAAUCAGGGAAGCCAUUUGAUCCGAAGUUUGACGUCGCCAGAGUUGUUGCCAACGUCUUGUGUCAAUGUAUACUCAACAAAAGAUUUGCGAAAGUAGACGAGGAAUUCCAUACACAACUCCGAAUUAUACAGGAUAUUGUUGACAAUAUAGAAAGUUUUAAUAUUGUUGAUAUGAUACCUUGGUUAGAGCAUUUCCCUAUUCCAAGUUGGAAACGGUUCAAGAAAAGUCUUGCAAAAAAAGAUGACUGGAUGGCUAACGUCUUAAAAGAACACAGGGAAACUAUUACUGAAGGUGUUAGCCGAGAUCUUGUAGACACUAUGUUAUUUUUACAAAUGGAAGCAACGGCAACAAACAACACGGUAGACUUAAAGCGCCUGUCAGAUUGUAAUAUUGGUCAUAUAGUGUAUGAACUUUUUGGAGGAGGGAUAGAAUCUACAACAAUGUCGAUACUGUGGUUCAUGAUCUACAUGAUACGUCAUCCAGAGUGGCAAGACCGUAUAUAUCAGGAACUUAAAUCAAAGACCGAUGAGUCCGGCAUCCCCUCUCCAUUUGAUAGAGGGAGUUAUCCUAUACUGGAGGCUUGUAUCAAAGAAGUAUUAAGAAUUGCCUGUGUUUUGCCUGUAGGAUUUCCACAUCGGACUAUGUCUGAUACAACACUAGACGGUUACCACAUCCCUAAAGAUACAAUGGUCAUUAUGAAUAUUUGGGGAAUACAUCACGAUGAACAAUCAUGGAAGGAUCCAUACGUAUUUAAUCCAGAGAGAUUCCUACAUCACAAUCCAAGUGAACGAUACAGCUAUCUUCCGUUUGGAAUUGGUAAUCGAGUUUGCCUUGGUUCAGUUAUAGCAAAAAUGGAAGUAUUUCUUUUCUGCGGAUGUUUGUUAUCCAAGUACUCUAUAAAAUGUCCAGAAAACGAACCACUUCCUGACACUAAAGGACUUUCUGGUCUGACAAUGCGUCCACUUCCUUUUAAAAUUAUCUUAGAGGAGCGGUAGUGAACAAAACGACAAUUUCAUCGGUUCCGUCCAAUUUACAAUGCAAAAAACUCAAUCAUACAGUUUUUUUUAAAGUGCAAUAUAUUUUGUGUUCAAUGUUGUGAUAGUAAAAAAGUGUGUGUAUGUGUGCAGUGGCGGAUCCAGGAUAAGUUGUAAAGGGCGUACGCUAUUAUUAUUUUUAUUUAAAUCUCUUAAUUGUUUCUCACGAUUUAUGUGAUUUUUUAGCAUACGAUCGUUCAAAUUUCGACUCGCUCAUUUGGGCAGUGUCUAUUACAUUUUCUAGAAUUAUGCCCCCUUUUUUUCAAAAAUCCUGGAUCCGCCCCUGGUGUGUGUAAUGCUAGAUGCCUUGGUGGGCUUGGUAUACACUGUGAUAUUAUGAUUAUAAACCAUUUCCAUUUAUUCACAUUCUGUUGUCGACUUUCAUAUUUAAGCGAAAAUGUGUUUGCCAAUUUUUGCGAGAAUGAGAGAGUUAGAUUAAAAAAGAAAGACGGCUUACGUUUAUAUGUACGUUGUAUAUUACUGAGUAUUUAUUCUAAAUAUAGAGAUUGUGUAUCAUUAUAAUUUCUCUAGUGAGAUGCAUUUGUUAAAAUUAAGCUGCACAACGAGAUAUUUUAUCAACUUUAUUUGUAUUUAUAGACAAAUAUAUGUAUUUGUUAUUAUAUUUAUUGUUUUUAUUUAAAAUUUAUUGUUGAUAAAUAAACUGACCUUGAAAAAUGU